AUGGAAAAUAAACUAUGCUUUGGUUGUUUUGGCAACGGUCAUGUGGUGAAAGGAUGCCUAAAUAAGAGGAAGUGGAAAACCUGUGGCAAACGACACCCAUCGACGCUCCAUAUACCUGGAUUCAAACUCCCCAGCAAGAAGGCUGCAGAUGAAAACGAAGGUGAAACCUCUCGUGGUAAAGAAGACACAAAGCUCAAUAGCGGAAGUAUUGGUGUCCAAAAUGACGAACCCACCAUAUUCCAUGCCAUCCUUCCUGUAAGAGUAAGACAUAAAGAAAGCAACAAAGUUAUAGAUACCUACGCGUUUUACGACAAUGGAAGUGACGGAUGCUUUCUAACUGAUACACUAAGAGAACAACUGGAACUUUCAGGAAACGAGACCACACUACGACUCGGAACUAUGCAUGGACAAAGUUAUGUCUCCAGUACAGUUAUUACCAAAUUAACUGUUACAGACUUACGUGAUCACAAUCCAAACGAGAUCCCGAAACUAUACACCAGAGAGUUCUAUACCAGUGAGUCACAAGCAAAAUCCAACGCCUGAAGUCUUAGCUAACUGGAAACAUCUUGAAGAAGUUAGUAAAGAAGUCCCAACUUAUAAUCCUGAAAUUGAGAUUGGUCUUUUGAUUGGUAGCAAUUGUCCGGUUGCACUGGAGCCACAAAGAAUUGUUCCAAGUGAUGGAGAGGGUCCUUUUGCAAUUCAACUACGACAUGGAUGGACUAUUAAUGGCCCUAUUUGA